CAAUUUCCAUUACAAAAUCCCUUCAUCACUGCUUUUUGUCUUCAGUUUUCCCCUUAUUUCUUCACCCCUCUCUCUUUCUCUCUCUCAUAUAUAAAUAUAUACUAAACAUAUCUAUAUCGUAGUCCUGCGCAUACAUACACAACUUAAUCAUCAUGGAGUUUGUGCGACCUCUUCCCCUUUUGUUGAUUCUCUUAUCUGUUUUGUCGACCACCCGAGCCGUCAAAUUUAACGUUGGUGGAAGCGCAGGGUGGGUUCCAAACCCUUCUCAGAGUUACAAUCAAUGGGCUGGGAGCAACAGGUUCCAAAUCAAUGACACUCUAGUUUUCAAAUACAAGAAGGGUUCAGACUCGGUGCUAGAGGUGAAGAAAGAAGACUACGAUAAGUGUAACAAAUCAAACCCAAUAAAGAAGUUUGACGACGGUAACACGGAAUUCACCUUGGAUCAUUCAGGUCCAUUCUACUUCAUCAGCGGCCAAGACCAAAACUGUCAGAACAAAGGUCAGAAACUAAUCGUUGUUGUCUUGGCGCCACGUGGCACUACACCAACACCGCCUUCACCAAAAUCACCCUCACCAACACCAACACCAACACCAACACCAGCACCAGCACCAUCUGGCUCGCCGCCGGUGCCGGCACCGACACCAGCACCCGCCGGAAAUCCUCCGGCGCCUUCCGUUUCACCACCUACACCAACUCCGGCGACUUCACCGGCUCCGGCGGGGAAUUCACCGUCACCAUCUCCUGUAAGUGGACCUCCGGCCCCGACUCCGGCGGGUACAACGCCGUCUCCUUCAUCUGGAUCACCGGGUCCGACGACUUCACCUCCCGUUCCGCCUCCGGCGACACCUCCGGGGGGUGCAGCUCCUGGAACGGCUAAUCCGCCAGCUUCAAGUGAAACGGCUCCACCGCCGGGAAAAAAUAACGCAUGGGCUGCUACUCCUUCGAAAUUCUUGGUGUAUUCGGCUACCAUUGUUGUUGCUGCCGUGUUCUUCGUUUGAAAGCGUUAAAUGAGGAGUUUUCUCUUUGUUGUAUAAAUGGUUCCAUGUCGUCUUGUGGAGUUUCUUUUCCUUCCUUUUUUUUUCUUUCUUUUUGAAUUAUUAUUGUUAUAGUUUAGUUUGGACAUGAUUGAGUGUAGCCUGAUUCUGUGGUGACAUGUUUAAUUUUCUGUUUUUAAUUUUUAUUUUUCAAUAAUAACUAUGAUUGGUCUUAAAAAAUUUAUGUGUACGUGUAAGGUUCUAUUCAAUCCAGAAUUUUCUACUUUAUAGUUUAUAA